AGACACUGCCAUGGCUCCGUUACCGAGCCACUGGUGGCGAGAUGAUGCUGCUUUGCAGAAGUUUACGGAGGAAUGGAGUGCCAAACUACGAGACAUAGAGGAGCAAGAGAUAGAAGAGUUCCUGAGAGCCAAAGAGCACCAUGAUGCACAUGAUGGGCACUUCGAGCUGGAGCCUGAGACCAAGGAUUCAAAGCCGUCCGCGGAAGCGGCACUUUCUGCUUCAUCGCACGUGGCAACAAACGAAGCUGAACAGGCCGAGGCUUCACUUCAAGCCAAAGUUGAGGUACCUCAGGCACCAACUGGGAUACAACAGCCACCAGCUGAGGAACAACAGCCACCAGCUGAGGUGCCGCAGCCUCCUGCAGCUGAGGUGCCGCAGCCGCAGCCAGCACCAGCUGAGGAACAACAGCCACCAGCUGAGGUGCCGCAGCCUCCUGCAGCUGAGGUGCCGCAGCCGCAGCCAGCACCAGCUGAGGCACAACAGCCACCGGCUGAGGCACAACAGCCACCUGAGGUGCCGCAGCCACCAGCAACUGAGGUGCUGCAGCCACCAGCAGCUGAGGUGCUGCAGCCACCACCAGCUGAGGCACAACAGCCACCAGUUGAGGCACCGGUAUCUCAGCCACCAGCAACUGAGGUGCCAGUGCCACAGCCAUCAGCUGAUGUGGAGGAGCCACCUAUGAAGUCUGAUCCUUUGCCAGCUCCAAAGGUGGAGGAUACCUCAACCGCGGAGAAGGCCCCGAAGUCAGCUGACCCAACUCCAGUGAGCAGCCAAUCAGCUGAAGCAGCAGUGCCAUCCAGCACUGGCAGCACUGGCACCACGGAAGCAGUUCCGGACAAGGAGAAACAGGAGAAGGCCCCAAUGGACCCCGAGGCCGUCCGUGCAGCGGCGCAAAAGGCGUCGGAUGUCCUCAGUCAGCUGCUGCAGAAGCCUUUGGAAUACGAAGUGCGUGAAGCGUUGCCGUGCUAUUCUGAUCCAGAUACCAACUCCAGGGAGAUUCGGAACUUCUCUGUGGGCCAAGUUCUCCAAGGGUAUCCAGGAGGAGGAUGGUUGAAGCUGCAACCCAGUGCUGGGAAAGGUUGGGCCCAUAUAGGUCGCAGCCUGGCUCUCACCUGCCUGGUGCCCACGAUCCGUGCCAGAUACCUUGAAGCCAUCGAUCUCACCUGGCCUGGCUUUUCUGGUCUCCUGAAGCCUGGUGUGAAGGUGAUCUACAUCGUGGAGUGGCGCUGCCGCAAGAGCGGGGCUGCUGGUCAUACCGUGUGUCAGAAGACCCAUGAGGUCGUCUCCAAUAUGCCACCUGGCAAGGUCCUCGAAAUCCACGUGGCCGUGCGGCUCCGCGGCGCCCUGGCGCCCGGCGUGGAUGCCGCGCCCGAGGUGCGCUUCGCGGGGCCCUGGGUGGAAGCGCAGACGUUGAAUCCCAAGGAUGGUGAGGAUGAUGAAGAUGCGGAGGCCUGUUUGGACCCCUUUGGCACAGCGCGUGGAGGGUGUUUGGAUUGUAACUGCUACGGCUUCUUCUGGCGACCGGGUUUGGAGGAACAGGCCGAUUCAGAGGAACAGUCCGAACGGGUAGGUCUGAACGCAGAUCCCGACACCAUCAAAUGCAUCAGAUGUGGUGAUCCAUUUGCCACACACACCAGGGCUGGCACACCAGCUGCAGAGCGAUUGCUGGAUAGUCGCCCUGCCAGAACGUUCCUGGUGGCACAUAGCCGAGUUUUCGUCCGAAGCAAGCGCAGUACCACUGGAGAUGCCAUUGGUGCCAUCAAGCAGGGCACGGAAAUUUCGGGCUGCACCGAGGGCAGAUGGCUCCACUUGUCACGUGAAAGUGCGCAGGCAGUGAAUGCCAUGCCCAAAAACAAGAGCGACACGAGAUAUGUUGAUGCCUGGGUGUUGAUGGACGGAAGUCACAUUGGCAUCGCCUCGGACUUGUUGGUACCCGAAGAGUUGGCGCCUCCAGAGCUGCGCGAACGCGCGCAGCAGGAGGAGGAGGCGCGACAGAAGCGACGGGAAGAGGUGGCCAAGAAGAGCCAGGAGAAGAAGGUGACGCGGAAAGGAAAGGAUGCUGCCAAGGAGGUGAAAGAGCCAGACAGCGAAGAUGAAGCAGAUGCAGUGAAAUUGAAGGAGCCGCUGCAAAACUUGAUGGAGGUUUUGUACACGAAAGCCGUGGACUAUCUGAUCCUGAAACCCCAGCUGCCGAUCCAUCGCCGACCCUCCACCAGCUCGCGAACGCUGGGUCAGCUGAAGCGGGGGCAGAUCGUCAGUGGAUGGCCGCAGGAGUCCUGGCUGCUGCUGGCGGAGAAGGGGACCACACCCAAAAGCACCACGGGUGGCUGGGUCUUGGUGGAUGCCAGCUGCUUGGGUCUGGGGCAACAGGCACAAGCCCAGUGGCCUGUUCCCAAGGAGCUCCGGCCCUUUUCGGAGGCCGUGGUGGUGGAAUGGACCAAGUUUCCGGCCAGACACGUGGAGUACCAAGUGGAAUGGGCGGAUGAAAGUGAGAAGGACAAGAUCACGGUGGCCAGGUCAAGGGAGACCAUGACCAUGGCACGAGUGCAUGAAUUACCUGCAGAUUCUCGACUCAUCUUCCGGUUGACCGCCAAGGUGUACACUGCACCACCGGAGCAGGGGGGUGAGAUCUUCACAGAAGCUGUUGGGCCCUGGGAGGAAGCAGAGACUGGUGCAACCAUUGAGAAACUGGAGGAAGGCAACCUUUGUGUUGACCCUUUGGCAAAUCUCCGUGGUCGCUGCAUGGACUGCUCCUGUCAUGGUUUCGUGCUGGCAGAGUAUGGGGAAAGGCCGCGCACCGGGGACACCCUGGAAGAGGUUUCCUGCAGACGCUGCAGUUGCUCGUGCGUAAGGCACUUCAUCAUUGGAGAGUUCCACUACCGCAAUCCUUCGGCUGCCAGUGUGAAACGGCCACCGGUGAGUGAGGCGCCCAAGGCACUCCCAGCCCCAAAAGAAGAGGUGCGACCCAUCACGUGGAAAGUGGAGGAUGGUGAGGGUCACAUCCAAUUUGUCCUGGACAAAGUCGGUGAAGCCCAUACCUUGUACGAAACCUUGGGGGUGAGUGGCGAUGCUGAUAAGGCCAUGAUCCGCUCCGCAUACCGGCAGGUGUCCCUGAGCAUACAUCCGGACAAGGUGGGGCAUUUGGAGGAUUUGGAUCUUCAAAAGCAGGCAGAGAAUGCCUUCAAAGUUGUAUCCUCAGCCUAUGAGAUUUUGAACGACGACAAGAAACGUGCGGAGUAUGAUCGAAAACUGCGUUUGACUGGGGCAACCUUCGGUAGUCGCUCUGGUGGCCGCUUCAACCUUACCAACAUCGCAUUCUUGAAAAAGUUCCUCAGCAAAGAAAAGGGUGGAUUUGGAUGGGACCUGUCGGCAAAGCCGCCUGGGGAUUGGGAAGAACAAGCCCCGGGCGUUUAUGUGCGUGGCAGUGGGAAACCCAAAGAGGCCGAAGAACCCUCUGAAACGUGA